GACAGUCUGAUCUCGGUCCCUGUCGACCUCUGCGCCGGUAUCCUGGGUGACGCCGCUUGCCAGCAAAAGACUGCUUCCAACGGCCUCAUCUCCGUUCCCCUCAACACCUGUGUUGCUGCUCUGGGUGAGACCAAGUGCAAGCAGUCAUCCACCUCUGGAGGCUCUGGCAGCUUGAUCAGUGUUCCCCUCAACGUCUGCCUUGCUGUUCUCGGUGACGUCGAGUGCAAGCAGAGGACCACUGACAACGGCGGUCUGAUCGACAUCCCUCUCAACGCCUGCCUGGGCGUUCUGGGAGAGGCCAAGUGCCAGCAGAAGACUACUUCUUCAAGCUCGGGCAGCUCCGGCAGCCUGUCCUCUGGCUCCAGCACUACUUCAGCACCCUCUGCCCCUGCGCAGACCGUCGCUGGCGGAUCUGUCACCGACACUCUCAAGAACACCAUUUACGACUGCCCAUUGAGCGGUUCUUCUACUGCUGCCGGUGCCUCGUUCACUCCUGCACCGUCUGUCCCUGCUUCGCCUGCCGGUGCUUCGUCUGUCACUGCCUCGCCUGCCGGUCCUUCGUCCGUCGGUGUUUCGUCUGUCGCCGGUCCCUCGACCUUCGCUACCGCCCCCUACCCCAUGGGCAGUGCUAUCAUCCCCGGUGGCCCCAAGGCUCCCGCUGCCACUGGUAGCUACAUCAAGCCAUCCCCCUUUGCUUCUCCUGCUUCUUCAUCCUCUCCUUCUCCUUCUCCCGCCGCUCCCGCGUUCACUGGUGCUGGCCAGAGCCUCCAGCUGCCCGCCGUCACCAUGGCUUUCGGUGUCCUCCUGGCUGCUGUCUUCCAGUUCUAA